AUGAGUGAAAUGAAGAUUACGGGUCGCAGUAAGAAGGUUGACCUACAGCAAACAGAGCAGGACACCGAUGCAACUAUACAGUCCAUGUGCUCACACUUCAAAUCGUUGAAUGAAUCAUCGGAGUUUCCAAAGGCAACAGGGAUGGGUAAGCGAAACAAAGAUGCUUUUGAAAAAGAACAAUCAACUUUGCAAAAUUAUAAAGGAAGUUCUUACAUUAGUGAAAUUGAAAAUAAAUUUGGUGUUAAAUUAAGCCAGGUUCCAACAAGGAAUAAAGCAGAACCACUGCAAUCAACUGGUGCUGAUUUUGAAGAUGUUACAAGGGCUGAUAUUACGGACAAACAUACUGGAGCAACUGCGCUUGUGGAAAGCAAACUGGAUAAAACCAAGCAAGGUGUUCAAACUCAUUCUCAGUUAACCGAAAAACAACACAUACAUACUGCUGCAAAACAUGAUAACUGCAAUUCCAGCGUAUCCACAAAUGCCUAUGUGCAGUCCAUGCGCCCACACUUCAAAUCUAUAAAUGUAUCAUCUGAGGUACCAAAGGCAACGGGGACGGGUAAGCAAAACGAAGAUGCCAUUGAAAAAGAACAAUCAACUUUGCUAAAAUAUCACGAAGGCUGUUCCAUUAGUGAUAUUGAAAAUAAAGUUUGUGUUAGAUCGAGCCAGGAUCAAACAAAGAAUAAAGCAGAACUACUGCAUUCAACUCGUGCUGAUUUUGAAGAUGUUAUAAGGGCACAUGUAACAGAUACACAUACUGAAGCAACUGCGCUUGUGGAAAGCAAACUGGAUAAAACCAAGAUACACGAAUGGAUAGAAGGAGAAGUCUGUAAAGACACAGAUAUUCAAAGAACACAGAAACCAGAAAAGGGCGACCAAAUAACCUUGCUAAAUACAUCAUUUUCACGGUCGACCAACGCAAAGAAUGAGAAAAUGUAUACUGUUAGCAAGCUUACGGUCAAGGCCGACAUUUUGAUGGUACCGGUGGACUGCAUUGUGAAUGCAACAGAUAAAGAUUUGGGACAUGAACGAGGCAUUUCUCCAGCGAUUGCUUCCGCCGCUGGAAGUCAAAUGGUUGAUUCACGCAGGACAAUUAUACAAAAUGGGAAAAGUUUAGAAGUAGGUGACGUGGUUGCUACUGGAGGUGGAAAUUGCCUAAUAAAGGCGGAAGAAAGCGAACGUUUCGGAAAAAAAUGUGUCGGACGUCACAUCAAUUACGUCGAUUUAGUAAACGAUGUCAAAGGUACCACAAAUUGGAGCGCAAACGGCAUCGAUCGUCAAACUAAGAAAACCGUUCAGGAUAUGGUCGUAAAAACAAAAAUGCAUAGAGACAACAUGACAUUCAAAGCCUCGUGUAAAUCAUUCCCUUUCGCGGACAGUAUUGUAAUUCAUGUUCGAGCGAAUGAUAUAACAAAAUUGAAGUUGACGGCAAUAGUUUGUAGUGAAAGUAAAACAGGCGGAAACGAUAGCAUGAUUGCAAGGAAGCUUUACGAAAUGGGAGGAAAUUUAUACCGGGAUGAAAAACAUAAGAAAUUUAAAGGUAGAAAACGAAAGUUUUGCGAUACCAUUGCCACGAUCGGUGGUGAUCUGACUUACAAGCAUGUAUUACAUGCUGUUGUUCCACAUACAAAACUACAAGACCUUCUAGAUACGUACACAAAUAUUUUCAAAAAAGCAAAAGAGUUAAAGGUAGAAUCCAUAGCGUUACCGUUACUCGGAACAGCCCGAAUUGCUUUCACUAUUGACACAACCAUAUCAGCGCUCUUAUCUCAGCUUGAGACGUUUUGCAAGAAAAAGCCCAAGUACCUUCGUGCAGUACAUAUUGUUAUAAACGAACCAACAUUGGCCAUCGUUGUAGCAGAACUAGUUCAGAGUUACAUUGACAACGUACAGAAGGCAUCGGAUAAACCCAGCAAAGCGAUUGCUGCCAAGGUUUCUCGGUACACAGCGAAAGAGCAGGAUAAGCAAGAAGACAAUUCUCGAAAGGUAAGGAGUGCAUGUCCUACACGUGGAGUGAUUAAUGGGGUUCAAUAUGGAGACCAGCCAAACGGGAUAAUGGACAUACAGAAACAGUUGACACAUCUCGCUGGAUACAACGACUGUGGAUCUAUCAGCGUUGCUUACAGGUUUCCAGACGGUCAUCAAGAGGUAAACCAUCCACGCCCCGGGUUGUUCUACGCCGGUAUAAGCCACGUCGCCUUCCUUCCGGACAAUGAUGAGGGGAGACGGGUGUGCGGCAUGCUGGCUGUGGCUUUCCAACGGCGGCUGGUGUUCACCAUCGUUACGUCACGUACCACCGGACAGGAGGGGGUUAUCAUAUGGAACGAUAUCUACCACAAGACGGAUCACAGGGAAAACAAGCAACACGGGUAUCCAGACUCCACGUACCUACAGAGAGUGACGGAAGAGCUGCGGGUGAAGGGCGUCACAGGCAACGACAUCCCGCCUGAUUUGAUCAAGUUUCUCAAUAACGCAACUCUAGGAGAGAAGAAACAGAUUCACCCACAAUAG